AUGGGCUGUGGUGCCUCGAUGCCCUCCACCGGGCCUCAGCCAGGUGCGCAUUCUGUGAUGGCCCGCGGGCCUGAGGAGGAUGAGGAGCUCGUUGAGGUUUCGCUGCUGGAUGAAACCGGCGAGUUGCUAGAUUGGGUGACCGCGCGCGUUUUGGAGCACCACCCCGCAACAACUGACGCGGUGACUCUGCGAAAGAAGAGGGUUUUCGUCCUCCCCACUGCUGCGGCGAAGGCCCACGGGUAUCCCAACGGCACGGAGCUGGUCGUGGAUCCGCGGAGACUGCGGGAAAAGAUGCCCUACGCGGUGGACACAGAGGACGCAUCGAAAAUUCUUGCCGCAGGGAACGGCGGCUCCGGGGAAAGCUCGCGGGGGAGACGGAAGGAGGGCCUCUUAGACAACGAUGACGAGAAGGACGGGCAAGCUUCGAAGAAGAAAGGGAAGAAGAAAAACACGCCGGGCGCAGACCUGCUUCCCUCGGCGGCCUUGAUGGCGAACGACUUUCUUUCCGCCCCGGAAGAGAUCCUUCUAGGGACCGGGCUCGAGGCGGUCGCCGCGCGCAACCCCUUCGGCCCGGAAGCAGUGCAGCUCCGAGAAAAGGUUGCCUUGUUACUUGACGACGCGCCACAUAUCAAGCCCGCAAAGCGGAUGGCGAAAGAACUCCGCGCGCAAAACGAAUCGCUGACGACAACGAACGCGGAUCUGGUCGCGGCGUUUCUGCCCAAUCCCGCAAAGCUGUUUGAGUGGCGCAUCGCGCUGCGGGCGCCAGACCGAACGCCGUACGCGAAAGCGAUUUUUUACCUGCACUGCGAUUUCGUAAACCGGACCAGCGGCGAAUCGAAGUACCCAUUUGAACCGCCGAAGCUGCAGUUCGCGACCCCGAUUUUCCAUCCGAACGUCUCCCAGCGGGGCAAAAUUUGCUUGAAUACGCUAAACGAGAAAACGGAGUGGUCCCCCAUGAUGGACCUGAGCAUGCUGUGUGUCGCGGUUUCCGUGUUGCUGCAACAGCCAAACUGUGAGGACCCACUGAACACGCAUGCAAGCAAGCUUUUGCAGAAACACCCCCCGGAGUUUAAGCGCCGUGCCCGCGAGUGGACGAAAAAGCACGCUUACUGUGACCCAGAAUUCGAUCUCUACUCGAGGCAGCUGGAAUAUGAGCGAGAUGCGGACUUCUCGCAACAAGAGGAUCUUGACUACUUCUCCUCCUCCACAGUAGCGUCAAAGAGCCAAUUGACAGGAGCUCAUCCUGGUCGUAAACGUGGUCCCGGCCAGCAGCAAUUUUCACUUGUCGAGUCCAUACGGCAAGACCCGCAGCCGGCGACUUUUGCAAAUCCGCUGUUCCACGGCAGUGCACCUGGUCAACCUGCUGCGCAAAGUCAAAGCAAACAGAAUGACGGCGAUUCGCUGACGUCUAUUCUCGCCGGGAACAGACAGAAGCACGCAGCGAGGCAAGCGGGAGCAAACACGGGCGGUGCUUUCGGGCCCACAAGUGUUCCGGCCGCCGGGCUUCUACACUCCGACCCCUACGCUGAUUACCAGACCGACCGGGCAGGGCGUGCCUUGGAUGACAGGGACGCUGGUCGCCGCAUUCGAUGGAACCACGCACUGGAACAGUAUCGAGCCAAAAAAGAAAUGAGUGAGCGAUACUGCUGA